AUGGAGAACAAGGUAGGCUACCAAAAGUCGCCUACAGAGCGCGAGGAUGACAUCGACGAGAGGCGGUCGACAUCGCCAACUACCAGCGACGACUACGGCAAUGGACUGCGACUAGGCGGCACGGGCCAGGACUGGCGUGAUAUGCAGCGACUUGGCAAGAAACAGCAGUUCAAGCGCAACUUCUCACUGUGGUCGGCCUUGGGCUUUGUCGCCAUCUACAUGGCAACCUGGGAGUUUGUUCUCGUCUCGCUGUCCGUCGGCUUCACGAAUGGCGGGUUCGCUGGGCUCUUCUGGUGCUUCAUCACCACUACCGCCGCCUAUUCCACCGUCGUCUUCUCCCUCGCCGAGAUGGCGUCUAUGGCGCCGACGUCGGGAGGGCAGUACCACUGGGUCUCCGAAUUUUCGCCUCCGUCGUACCAGAAGGUGCUUUCGUACGCGUCUGGAUGGAUGACAACGCUGGGAUGGCUUGCCAGUCUCGCCAGUAGUGUCUACGUCCUUGCCUACCAGGUCCAAGCCUGUAUCAACGCCACGAACCCAGAGUACGCCUUCAGCAGCUGGCAGAUCACCCUCCUCAUGUGGGCCAUUCUCUUCCUCACUGUCAUGUUCAACACCUACGGAACGCCAUUCUUCCCCCAGCUCGAGACUGCGAGUCUGAUCGGUCACAUUGUUGGCUUCUUCGUCGUCAUGAUUCCGUUGUGGGUGCUGUGCGACAAGAACUCUGCCCGAGACGUCUUCCUGACGUUUCAGGACCAGAGCGGAUGGGAGAACAUGGGCGCUGCGUACUUGACAAGUCAGAUCUACAUCAUGUGGUGCUGCUUCGGCUCCGAUAGUGUUGUACACAUCGCUGAGGAGGUAGAGAACGCAUCGAUCGUGGUGCCGAGAGCCAUGGUAUGGUCAUAUCUUGGCAACGUGUUCUUUGGGUUCAUCAUGCUCAUCACAAUGCUGUUCUGCAUCGGUCCUAUCGAGGAUGUGAUCGAAUCCGAUUGGCCCUUCAUUGUUCUCUUCGACAGGACGGGCUCGAGCGGUCUGAACCUGUUCUUCAACAUUCUGCUCUGGGUGCUGAUCUACCUCGGCAACAUCACCGCUCUGGCGACUUGUGCUCGCGAGACGUGGGCUUUUGCCCGAGACAAGGGUCUUCCCUUUUCCGGCUUCAUCGGACACAUGGACAACAAGUGGAAGAUUCCCUUCAACUCCGUGUACGUCAUCUCUGGCGUCUGCGUUCUCCUGAGCCUCAUCCAAAUCGGCUCCGAUGCCGCCUUCAAUAUCCUCGUCUCCCUGUCUACUCUCGGCCUCAUGAGCACCUACAUGCUCAGCAUCGGCUGCGUCCUCCUCAAGCGCAUCAAACACGAGCCCCUCCCCCCGGCACGCUGGAGCCUUGGACGCUACGGCCUAGCCAUCAACGGCUUUGCUUUCCUUUACAGCGGCUUCAUCAUUGUCUUCUGUUGCUUCCCUCUGUCUCUGCCCGUGGGCGUAGCCGAUGCGAAUUGGGCGCCUCUCAUCUGGGCAGCCGUCAUCGCUCUUGCCACCGUCAUGGCAGGAAGGCGGAGGGAGUAG